GCUUAAAUAUGUGUGAGUAGAAUGGGCAUUUACUGAAUUCUUUGUCUUCAUAGAUUGUUCGAACCAUCUUUCAAAAUUGCAGCAAUGGAGAAUAUCGUUGAGGGAAUCAGGUCUAGGUUUUUUCGUGCAACCGAUGAGAAUGUUAUGGAGGAAGAUGUUCAGAGGAAACAGCAGAAAACCAAUUCACGUAAAGAGCGCAAAGGUCAUAUGGAGAAGCAGAGAUCUGGGUCAGGAGGCAGAGGGAAGGUGAGGCGAUUCUUCACAUCUCGGCCCUCCUAUUCGAGCGAUGAUAGUAGUGACAUUGAUGCAGUGGUGGCAGCAGCUGCACUGGCUGUGUCCACACGCUUAGCCGCCGACAGUUCCAGCAGCUCCCCAGAGGUGAGCCCUGUUUCCAGUCGCACCAGAGCCCGAGGUCGCAUGGAUCCAAUUUCAGAAGGCUCUUUCUCUUUUGGCAGCAGGAGACACUUGGAUGAGGGCGCCAACUCAAAGGCCUUGGUGCCUUCCACUUCCAUGGAAAGGAGGCGCCCUGCCAAUCCACAGGCUAAGGAUUCCAUGGAAAGGAGGCGCCCUGCCAAUCCACAGGCUAAGGACUCCAUGGCCCUUGUGCCUGUGCCUUCAAGAAAAGAUUCAAAAACUUCUGAUUCUGGGUCUUCUCGCUGGGACAAGCAGAUGGUUCCUUAUAGGUCCCAUUCAUUUGAUGACAGAGAGGGGUCAAACAGAGCAUCUAGAGCUUCAAGUGGUAAAGCCAGAGAGGAGAAGGAGAGCAAUAGGCACAGGGCGUCAAGCGAGGUGGAGGAAAAGGCAUCUGCUUGGUUGGAGGACCAACUAGACCAGAUUGAUAGCAGGUACAGCAAGAAGAAUAGUGUAAUUCAAGAAUGGGAAGAAAAGCGAAGGAAUGAAGUCAACAUGAUUUUCCAAGAAAUUGAGAGGAGAUUAAAUGAAAAGAGGGCGAAAGCAUUUGAGCAGCUCCAAAUUGAAUUGGAGAGAGUUCACAAUAAAGCAGAGCGAAAGAAAGCGAAAUUGAAUGGCAAGAAAGAGACUGAAAUGGCAGUGGUGAUACACAAAGCUGAUAAAAUUCGUAGAAGUGGCAGGAUGUCCACCAACUGCUGCUCAUAACUUACUUCACCACGUUGGGAAGGAAAGAAUCAGAUGAGACCCACCAAAGCUUAAGCUUUGUUAUUAUUCAUGUACAACUGUAACGUGAAAUUUUUUUUUUUCUCUUUGAUAUUCCAUAUUCUUUGCCCGAGUUAAGUUAAAGACCUUCGGGACAAUCUUUACGAACUUUGCUUUUGUAAAUAAUUACUAAACGAUUUAUUUUUGUGUUUGGGCCCCA